UGGAUGUUGCAAGUGUCUUAAACUGGCUGAAACUGUACUGUAAGAGAAUGUCCAUUACAAUAUACCAACAAAGUAAAGCUUUUGUAUACUUGUCAAAGUACCAUCUCACUCGCUUCAUCGUAGGAUCAGGGGUUUGCGUGACAGCGUAUGUAGCUGGCAGAAAACUAUGUAAAAGAACUGACUCUCCACGACAUGUGGCCUAUGGUCGGAUAAGUAAACACUAUGGCAAGAUGUGUGGAGCUCUGUUGUGGGGACACAUGUUGGUAACUUGUGGUGGGGCUAUGGUAUUGGCUAAAGCUAAGAAUCUCCCUCGAGCUGUCAUGUUACAGAGAGGUUUUGUGUACGGAGAAAGACUGGGUUUCAGUACAAUGUGCGUGUACGUCCCCACGCGUGAGCUGUCGUCACGUGAGUGGUUUGCUCAACUUGCUACAGGAGCUUACAGUGGCCUGAAGUACAGUCUCAUGCAGGGUCACAGAGGCUGGAUAGCUUAUCAUUCGACCAGAUUAGGGUUUUACGGUGGCCUAACAUGUUUUGUUAUCUACUCAUUGGCCAUGUGUUUAAACGAACUGUGGCACAUCUUCAUUGAUCCUGAGCUCACAUACAGUGCUUGGGACGAUUUUGAUCUUGAGGAGUACUUCUUUCACAGGAUUAAACACUUUUUUAACGUACAAAAAUGGAGCGCUUAUUUUGAAAGGACUGAGGUUGAGGAUUUGAUAAAAGUUGCAAGAACUGAAAUGGAGGAAUUAGAGGAUCUUAUGGAGAUGGCUGGUCUUGGACGUGAAGAUCUGGAGCAUGUUAAGCUGGGUGAAGUGAGUAACACAAUGUUUAGUAUUCUGGACAAAGUGACCACUGGGCGAAGAGAAUAUGAUAAGGAAGAGGCAACAACUUCAACCAUGCUGGAGACAAGGAUUCGGCAGUUUGAUCCUCACUACGAAAUUAGUGCCGCAACGCGACGUGGCACACUUGACGAUGCUAAGAGGGUCGGCUACUGAGGGUGACGUCAUCAAGAUAGUGACAUCACCAAGACCAAGAUCAUGACAUCAUCAAGAUAGUGAUUUCAUCAAGAUCAUGACGUCAAUUGUACUACGAUACGUCUUAAACGUUUGCAACAUGAACUUAUACGCCAGUAUGUUUCUCCGGACUUUUUUAACGGAGCGAAACUACUGUUGAAACUAAGCUGCGGGUUAAUGAUAAGCCUGAUUAUUUGUAAAGUUAGUUAAACAUUUAAAUUAUUUUCACGUCGGGUAAACUGAUCACAUUGUCUUCAGUCUUCACCCGGCAAUUAUUUGGGCAUACCAACAAAUAUUAUGUUAAAAAUGUAACUUUUAUUUCAAACAUAUGGAUGAUGUUUGUUGGUGUGUCCAAAUAAUUGCUUGUGUUGGAAUUACUCUAUAUUCAACCAAUUGUGAUUGUAAUAUAAGAGUCGUAACUUACAAUCAUUGUACAAAGUAUUUAUUAUUUACGGAGUAUUCCGUUUAAAGUUCCACGCCACAUGUUAGUACUCAGUAGUCAAUAGUCACCGCCCAUGGCC